UGGAUAUUUGAUACAUAGAAAACAGAAAGAAAAGGAGGGAAAAGUUUCUGUAGUUUGUAACUGUGUAAAGAUGCCGGAAAAUGUUGAAAUCAAAGCAUCUAUUGCAAACCUAGCAGGCUUUCAAAUUAAGGCAAAAGAACUGAGUAAAACGGAUGGGGAAGUACUGGUACAAGAAGACGUAUUUUUUAGUGUUCCAAAUGGACGGCUGAAAUUGAGGACCGUUAAGGAUGUUAAAUCAGAAUUGAUAUUCUAUGAUCGACCCGAUCAGGAGGGACCAAAGCACAGCGAAUUCUACACAACUCCAGUCCCAGACCCUGAUUCUCUGAAGGACUGUUUGAGUCGAGCUGUCGGUAUCAAAGGUGUCCUGAGGAAAGUGAGGACUUUGUACAUGGUGGGUCAAACCCGAGUCCAUGUAGACCAAGUAGAGGGGCUAGGAAGCUUCAUGGAACUUGAGGUACAGAUGCAGGAAGGUCAGACUGUUGAACAGCUGCAGAAAAUAGCAGAGGACCUGAUGCAGAAACUGGGGGUAUCCAACAAGGACUUGAUUUCUGUGGCUUAUAUGGACUUACUGCUUAAAAAGCAGUCCCAAACUUCUGGAUAGUCUCCGGGAUAUACCGUACUGUAAAAGGAGAUUCCAUUGGAAUAAAAACUACAAACAAUUGUU